AUGUUUGCUGCAGGUGAAGCGGCGGACUACCUGUCACCAUAUAAUCGGUCGGUCGGCGGGGAUUUGACGAUGGAUCGACAUCGGCAUACGACUAGAGUGCAAGUGUUCGCGGGGUCAAGAGCGGCCAAGAUGAUGUUGUGGGAGGCUCUGUUGGAUACGGGAAGUCCGGCAUCGUUUGUACAAGAAAGGUAGCGUUCAGGCGGUUGUGGCAGAGGGUGCCUCGGCACAUUCGAGACGUCCAUUUCGACUUCAAUGCCAAACUGUGGGAGCCGGAGGACAUUGGCAAACUAGGGACGGGGAAGAACACGUGCGCGACGUGGAGAGGUUUUUCGAGCGCAUGGUCAAGUUCAACCUGAAACUGGCACCCAAGAAGACGAACCUGGGGGUGAAGGUGGUGACGUUCUUGGGACAUCAAGUCACGACGGAAGGGAUCGGGCCAGGCCCGGACAAGGUCAGACCGCUGCGUGAAGUGCCAAUGCCCACUAAUGUUAGCCAGUUGCGAUCGUUGUUGGGGUCCUUGUCGUGCUAUUGAAGUUCCUGAAGAACAUGUCGGCGAAAUUGAAACCGAUCAAUGCGACGCUGAAAAGGGGGGCGAAGUUUGCGUUCACGGCUGAUCAUGUGGCAGUAGUGAGGAAGUUUANAGACGAACCUGGGGGUGAAGGUGGUGACGUUCUUGGGACAUCAAGUCACGACGGAAGGGAUCGGGCCAGGCCCGGACAAGGUCAGACCGCUGCGUGAAGUGCCAAUGCCCACUAAUGUUAGCCAGUUGCGAUCGUUGUUGGGGUCCUUGUCGUGCUAUUGAAGUUCCUGAAGAACAUGUCGGCGAAAUUGAAACCGAUCAAUGCGACGCUGAAAAGGGGGGCGAAGUUUGCGUUCACGGCUGAUCAUGUGGCAGUAGUGAGGAAGUUUAUGGAUAUUCUGUCUGGUCCUGAAGUUUUGGCAUUUCCGUGUUAUGAGGGUGCGAUCUCGGGAGAGCGGCCGUUUCGAUUAACCGCUGAUGCGUCGAUUUCGGGCUUGGGAGCCGUAAUCGAGCAAGAGCAACGAGAUGGAAGUAUUAGACCGCUAUGCUUUUUGAGCAGAUCAACAUUCGCGAAUGAAACGAGAUGGAGUCCGACUGAGCUUGAAGCGGGCGCAAUAGUGUGGGCGAUAAAGAAGAACCGGACACUAUUUUAUGGCAUCCCCUUUGAAGUGUACAGUGACCAUCAACCCUUGCGGAAUUUGGGGAGUUUGGCAGAGAAAAAUAAUUGCGUACAGAGGUGGUAUGACUUCCUGUCAGCGUACACAUAUGAACUUAAGUAUCGACCAGGGCGAGAGAAUGCAAAUGCCGAUUUGAUGUCACGGUUGCCAUUGCCUGCGACGAAAGAGGAUGAGGCACCAGAUGUCAGGCUAACUGAUGCCGUCUGAUCUCGAUCUUUAUAUGAUAGGUGCGAGCGGGGUGCUACCUUCGCGAUUGGGUCCGGU